CUUUCAGUCGCGGUGUCUGAGGCUGCAUGAUUAGAUAAGACCUCGGUUCAUAGUGCGUCCGAGAUGCAGAACGCAUAAGAGACCAAGAAACCAGAGGACCGGCCUCAGUUAAAGCUGUGUGUGCAUACCGGCAAAUUCGUUGGCGAAUCACGAGGAAGUUUUGAGUUGAAAGAUCAGCGUGCGCAUCGCGAGUAGCGUACACGUGCCUCGUAAGUUCCUUUUCAAUCGGAUUCUGUGCGAACAGUCACACAUUGCUCAUUUUCCAAGCCCUGUAUCGGGGAUAAUUGAUUUUUUAUUUAUGCACCUCUGGUUAGAGAAGUAAAGUUCGAGUCGACGUUCUUCUCCAGAUCAAGCUAUGAAUAUAUUUUUCAAGAGAAAAUCCGUUUACGAGACGGGCUCGUACUGAUUGUAAUCCCUUUAAACCUGAGUACAUCCAGAGAAAAGGAAGUAACAAGAAAUUAACAAUGCCAGCCUGUACCAGCGAAAACUUCUCGAGGUUUUGGUCCUCGAGUCCGCCCAUUUCCAGAAGCAACAGCGUGUCUCCUCCCAUACCUAGUUCACCUUUGUCUACCUCGCCAACUUCGAUAUCACCGAUAUCAACUUUGAAACGAUCGGUAUCAAAUAUCUCUAAUUCUUCCAAUGUAUCAAAUAUUUCAAAGUCGUCGAACAAUUCGGGCACCUCUACUAUCAUAUUUUCACCGAGACGACAGCAGCAACAGCAACAACAGCAGCAACAGAAGUUACAAUUAAGUUAUCAGGCACAGCCGACACAAGGACAGAAUCAUAAUCGAAACAGUUCAAUAUUGCUGAGAAUUUUGACUAUGUAUAUAGAUAUGUUACUUGGAAUACUUCAAGGUAUUGUUAGCGUAAUAAGUUACGCGAUCUGGGCACCGGUACUCUGGGUGUCCAUUUGGGUUUACAUGCUAUGGGUAAUUUUCCAAUUUCCCCUGACCACAUUCAAAUGGUUUCUGACUGUGCUGUACACUCCAGCUUCGGAGAGGAUUCGUACCAAACGCUGUGUCCUUAUCAGCGGCGGUAGCACGGUUCAGACGGUUCACCUGGCACGAAAUUUUUACAAAGCUGGGGCCAGAGUUGUGAUCUGCGAACUAGAAGGCCUAUUCGGCUUGGCCAAGUUCUCAACUGCGUGCUCGAAAUUUUAUACGAUUCCAAAACCAGCACCUGGAAAUGCGAUCGAGUAUAUUAAAGCUUUAAAGGACAUUGUCCUAAAAGAGAAAGCUGUGUAUUAUAUUCCGGUGAGUGCCAGUAAUACGGCCUACUACGAUUCUCUGGCGAAACCCUAUCUGGAGGCAAUGGGUUGUGAGUGUUUCGUGCCCGGUGCCAGUGAAGUGACGACUCUGGACGAUCCCUUAGAACUUUUGGAAAGAUGUCGUGCAUUGGGCCUACCGACACCUUGUCAUACCGUUUUACGGUCUAUACAAGACGUUUUGAGAAUGUACGAACAGAAUGCGUUCGCUACUGGAAGAUACUUGAUGCUGGCCGCAGGUCCGGUCGGAAUGAGAGAUCGAGGCAAGAUAGUAUUGCCUCCUACUGUGAGAGAAUUCAGGAAUCUACAGUACGAGAUUAACGAGAAUAAACCUUGGAUAGUACUUCGUGACCCUAACGGUAAACACUAUAUCACUUGCACUACGGUGAAAGAUUCGAAGAUCGUGGCAAACGUGAGCUGCUUGGUAGAUGAAGAACGAGGCUUGAUACCCGAGGAGCGAUCGGAAAUAGUGCAGUGGCUCAACAGAUUUUUCGCUUGUUCAUUUGGCAUUAAGAUUAACGGACACUUGAGCUUCAGAUUGGCAGUGACGGAGGAAGGAGAACUUGUGCCGAUCGGUUGUAGAGUAGGCGUUAGCUUGCCUUACAUCUGUCACACUGGAAUUCAUCCUAGAUUAGUAUGGAGACCGUGCAGACACUUUUCUAGACAGAAUUCGGGAGUAUUAACUACCUCGGAUAGACACUUACUCCCGGAUGCAGUAACUUACGCACUGAAAAGACCAGUGGGUGAAACGGUCCCUCAUCUAUUGGGUACCGUACUCGACAAACGAGAAGCUCUUUUCGCUUAUUGGGAUCCGUUGCCAUACUGUGCCUACUAUCAUCUUCAAUUGCCAUUCAGGCGUCUUGCGGGCAUGAUUCAAGCGCAACCGGUACAGCAUAAUCCACCGCUAGCGCAGUCGCGGCAUAAGAUGCGUAAACAGAGUCAGAGCGAAAGAAAACAGAAUGGAAUAUGCUCGGUCGAAAAACGAAUUUGAAUGGCUUUGAGCAAUUUCACGAGGACAGCCAGUAUUUCGGAGACACCGGUUGAACGAGCGUUCCUGCGAUUGGAAACGGGAAAAAAAGAAGAAAAAAAGAAGGAAAUGAAAAGAUGAAUCGAGCGAUAGGAGAAAAAGGAGCACUCGAACGGGAAACGUGUGGGCUUCAAAGGUCAAGUUCGUCUUUAUCGAUGAUAAGUACUUCUAAAAUCGCAAAAGAAGCAGAUGCGAAGUAAAAAAAGGAGAAAGAAGAAACAGAAGAAAAUGAGCACGUUCGAAUCACGUGCUAUUACCCGUUGAACGCGCCAUUUUUACGCGCCGCGAUUAAUGUAUGUUCCUAUCUUUAUAGACUGGUUCAAUGGCGAGAGAACCAAGUGAAAAUUUCAUAGCUCGUUGGGUGGAAACAUUUCAAUAAUACUAUGCACCACAUUUUUUUCAUUCGACGCACACGUCUUUUCUCGCGCUCAAUUCAAAUUUCUUUUUUCGUUUCUCCGCGUCGACAAUUCAACUUUGAACCCUAGCUAGUAGAUAAACGGAAACAAGCACGAUGCACAUGCGUGUACGCCUAUACAUACAAACACUAUGGAACGAUUUUAUAUUUUAUAUAUUAUAUUUAAUUCAUUAUACAUCGUUGCAUUGUGCUCGACAAAUUGUAAAUAAUGUUAACUAAACUAUUAUUCAUACUAAGCGAAUAUUACGAUGAUUCUCAUUUAAGAGCGAGCAAGCUUGCAAACUAUUCCCCUAUUUCUUACGAAUACCGAAGCGCUGCAGAAUUUCUGUAUUUAUAGUAUUUGAUAUUUUAUAAGGAGCCGAACUAAUUAAAAUUCGUGUAAAUACUCGUGAGCAUAUUAUAAAAAUAGCGAACGUAUCAAUAAAAGUUGUU